AUGUAUGCAUCAGUUUCUCGAGCUCUUCCUUCGAUUUCAAGGCGAAUCACAAAAAGUGUUCAAGCAUUUGCAUCGACGAAAAGUGUGAACCAUUCGGAUAAAGAAACAUUAGUUGUGGGCCAUCGCAAUCCUGAUACAGAUGCAAUAACUGCAGCGAUUGUCUAUGCAGAUUUUCUUCGUCGAACGAAUAUUAAUGCAAAAGCUUACCGUCUUGGUGAUCUAAAUAACGAAACAAAAUUCAUCCUGAAGCAAGCAGGUAUCAACGAGCCCGAUAUGUUACCGGACGACGUUCCCGCUGGAUCGAACGUUGCCUUGGUCGAUCAUAAUGAAAGCGAACAAGCGAUGAAAAAUAUACAUAAAAUGCGUAUUACCCAUGUGAUAGAUCAUCAUAAAUUGGGCGAUUUAACAACAUCUGAACCGAUAUAUUUACGCUUUGAACCAGUUGGUUGCACUGCUACGAUUCUAACGAAGUUAUAUCGUGAACACAAUAUUGACAUCAAUCAGAAAAUGGCUUUCCUUCUCACUAGUGCUAUUCUCAGCGAUACACUUCAUCUACGUUCGCCGACAACAACAAAAGAAGAUCAAAAAGCACUGGAAUACAUUGCACCUGUUGCCAAAAUCCAUGAUGUUAAAACAUAUGCUAAUCAAAUGUUCGAGGCUAAAAGUGAUUUAACAGGUUUUUCAACGAAACAAAUCCUUCUUCUCGAUUACAAACUCUACAAAUUCAAUGGGGAAAAAUGGGGCAUCGGAACAGGUGAAACAUGCAGUAUGAAUAAAAUGCUCGAAAGAAAAGAUGAAUUGGUCAAAGAAAUGCAAGAGGAAAAAAAACGAAGCAAACUGACUGGCGUGCUGUUUUCCAUUGUUGAUAUUAUCCAAGAAAAGAACAUUACUCUAGUCCCAAGUGAAACCGAAGAGAAAGUUGUCCGGCAAGCAUUCAAAAUCGAUCUCAAGGAACCUCAUCUAGCUGAUUUGGGAUCUCGAAUCAGCCGUAAAAAGCAAAUCAUUCCACCUCUUGAAGCAUACUUUCGUGCAAAAUCUUAA